AUGAAGACUGUAUCUGCCCUCUUGUUCGCAGGACUCGCACAAGCUGCCCUGGAAGUCACCAGCAACGGUGUCACAUACAUCGUCACUCACACCAAGAACGGCGUUGAACUCCCCGUCGUGCCGGGGCCAAAGCUAGAUUUUGGCAGCAGGAGCCGUCAGCGUAUUGGCAAGAGAGCAACUUCAACCAACUGGUGUGGUGUGGCAAACACCAAUUCACCUGGUGGAAACUGGACCAACAUUGUUGGCGCAUGGACGGUUCCUCAGAUAUCUCUUCGCCAGGGACAAUCUCCUGGUGACCAGCCAUCUAUUGCACAGUGGGUUGGUAUCGAUGGCGACGGCUGUGGAACAGGUUUAAUCCAAGGCGGUACUCUCUCGCAGCUCAACUCUGAUGGAAGCAGCCAGUCUAACUAUGCUUGGUUCGAGUUUGUUCCCAAUCCUCUGUCCACAUUCCAAAUGACAGUCAACACUGGUGACUCCAUCUCUGGAAAUGUGACUGCUACCGGCAGCAAUACCGGUUACAUCACGGUUAAUAAUGAAAGCAACGGCGAAUCAAUGACAAUGCAAAUCACAGACGGACCUGGUACCCUCUGUGGCUACUCUGCAGAAUGGAUUUUCGAGGAUUUGACCGGCGGCAAUGGUCUUUUGCCAUUUGCGGAGUUCCCCAGUAAUCAGUUCACAGGGUGCAUGGCCACCACUUCCACUGGGCAGAGCGGUGACGCCGAUGGAGCGACAUCGAUUGACCUUGUUGCAAAUGGUCAGACUCAGUGUUCUGGAUCCGGUCAAGGUACCACGGUUCAGAUACAAAGUACUGCAUGA